AUGGAGGCCAAUACUGUGACUCAAGUGCAAGAAAAGGAUCUCAGCCCAGAUUUAAAUGUCAUCAACAAUGAUGUCGAGGACAUAAAACGUCUGAUAGCUAAUGCAAAGAUAGAUGAGCCGUUGCCCACGGAUGACCACAUAUUGGAGAAACCAAAGCAAAUCGUGGAGCCUGAGAUAAAGUUCCCUUUGCUCAAGAUAUGGAAAUGA